AUGCCAGGCUUUGCCGACUCGUUCUGGACGCCCGACUAUGCCUCUGGCUUGGGUGUUCUGUACACUAAACUUCAGCAGGGCAUCGCAGAGAACAGGCAAGUUUUGACUGUCGCUAGUCUGCGGGCUGAUGCAGAGGAAGCUUAUAGCUCACGACUCGGGGAAAUAGCCCCAGCUGUGGACCGCAUAAACUCUGGCUUCUCAAAAGAUGAGGGUGCUAGUGCUUACGAAGGUAUUCGCGGCGAAAUGAUCGAGGCUGCCAGGAACCACCAGAAGAUUUCUUCCAACAUCCGAGAGCUUGUAGUCAACCCUUUCGGGCGCUGGUGCGAUCAGCAUGCGGCACGAGUCCAGAAUUCGCAUGACGACCUGCAAGCACGCAUCAAAGACCACAUGAAGCAGACGGAGCUUGUGAAGAAACUCCGCAGUCAAUAUUUCAACAAAUGCCGUCUUGUCGAGGACCUCGAGGAAGAGAAUAAAUUGGCCUUUCAGAGCCCCGAAGCUUCUAGCCCCAAGGGAAAGCCAGCGGCACCGAAAAUUGUGUUUACGGAUCCUCCUCAAGAACCAGAAGAGCCGGAAUUCUUUGACCUGGGAGACCAGUCUUAUAGCGCCGAACAGAUUAAGGGAGUUCUCUCGGAUAUGCUCAACAACAUCAAGAUCGGUGAAGUCAAGGUGCCAAUUCUGGGUACCUACCAAAACACCUCAUCAGGUGCCGAUAUAGUUGAAUACCUGCAGAAGAAAAUGGGAGCGUCGAGUGUCAGUUACGCUGAGCGGAUUGGCCAGGAUAUGGUUGACGUUGGAUUCUUGCGCUUGAUUGGGAAUAUGGGCAAUACUUUUGCCAACAGCAGCCGUAUGAACUACCAGUGGAGACCCAAGGUGUUCCAGAUCACUGGAGUCCCCGAAAAUAAGAAGCCUCUUCUUCGCAUGACCUCGCUCAUGUCCAAUGACGAAGCGUCAGGAUCUCCAACAAUUACAAGCGUUUCGGAAAUCCUCUCAGGCUGGAACCCUCUGAACAACCCACACCCAGAUGAAACGCCGGCUGAGAAACUUCACCGUGAAGCUCGUGAGGCGGACGACCGCUACAAAACCGCUGUGCUUAAGUUGGAUCAAAUACGAUGCAUUCUUGAAGAGGAGAUUAUCGACCAUUUGCGCUUCAUGGAACGCUGCGAGCUUGACCGUCUCAAAGCAAUCAAGUCUGUAGUACUCGAUUUCUCCGGUGCCGUUAGCAACGUCAUCCCUGCCUUGCAAAGCACGGUCGACAACAUGAUGCUGUAUCAAGAGACCAUUCAACCGUUGGGCGAUCUGAGAUAUCUGCUUGAGAAUUAUCGCACUGGCGGAUUCGUCCCCAAGGUGCAACCGUAUGAGAACUAUUAUGGUUCCGUCGGUGAUCAAGUCUUCGGAGUCGACCUUGAAGCUAGGGCUAGAGCUGAUCGGAAGCGAGUUCCGGUCCUUGUGACAAAUAUUCUGACAUUCCUGGACAAUCACUACCCAGACCUCGAGGGCGAUGAUGCACGACGAGCAAUCUGGUUGCAUGACGUUCCUCUCGCUGCCACGCAUCAUCUCCGACUGGCCCUGAAUAACAGCGCAGGAGAUCACCGUGCCAUUUUAGAAAAAUAUGAGAUACCCAUUGUUGCUAGCGUUUUAAAGUUAUACCUUCUUGAACUUCCGGAUUCCCUCGUGUCAUCUCAAGUUUAUGAAAUAGUCAAAACAGUCUACUCAACCACAGCCAACGAAACGUCCGAAGAAGGCAGGAUCAAGGUGCUACAGAGCACUCUUGGCCAGCUGCGACUCAACAACAUAGCGACGCUUGAUGCUCUCAUGACCCAUUUCACACGAUUAAUCGACCUGACCUCCGCUGACGAAGCCUACAUUACUGCCCUGGCUCAGACGCUGGCGCCAUGUGUUUUACGACCUCGCCUUGAGAACACACUAACCAUCAAUGAGCGUCAUAGCUAUCGAUUGAUCCGCGACUUGUUUGAUCACAAGGACGCCAUUUUUGGCGAGCUUAAGCGCCAGUCGAGUGCAAAUGCCCUGGGAGUCGGAGCCGGCGCCGCGCGUCCACGGGCUAUCAGCACCGACGAAAGCCACCGUCGGGCUGCUGUGGAAGCCCGGAAUCGCGCUAUCGCAAGCCGCAGUCGAGCAACUAGCCCAGCUCCGGGUGCCCGACACCGUCGUGACCGAUCCACGGAUGGAUCGUCAGGAGGAUCCUCGGGUCGAUUUCCAAUAAACGUCGGCAGUCCCCAUGGGUCGGAGCGAAAACAAACCAGACAGAGUCUUGAUGUCCCAACUACAAGCGAUCUAAGCACUGCUAUAGAGACUAAGGUUGCUGAGGAGGAUUCUUCGGAAACUGGUGCCACAACAUCGUCUGCAGAGAAUGAUAAGGCUGCAGUCUCUUCUGUACCUGAUGUCUCGACUUCCUCCUCUUCCCCUACCAAUGACGUUGCAGGAGGCGCAGUAGAACCUACAAACAGUUUAGAAGGCUCGCCUACACCUACCGCGAGCGUAACAACCGUUGAGAAACGCGACUCACUGACCCGUGGACGCCAUGUGCGGCGCGCAGGCGGUAGCCAUCCUCCAAGCGAAAUCAAGAGCAGCCUCCCUCCUGACGGCGAGUUCAAGGGUGUUACUCUGGAAGAUAAGCCGAUGGAGGAUUUUGCAUGA